AAAAAAUUCAGUUGAGGCUGCUGACCAGAAAUCUUGGAGACUGUAUCAGUUUGACUUCAUGGGUCUUAGAAACACUUCAGAAACUGUGAAGACCUCGGCAGGUGAUUAUAUAGUCAUGACUAUAUACUUUGAUUUAAGUAGAAGAAUGGGAUACUUCACUAUCCAAACAUACAUUCCCUGUAUAUUAACAGUUGUUCUUUCCUGGGUAUCCUUUUGGAUUAAAAAAGAUGCCACUCCAGCAAGAACAGCAUUAGGUAUUACCACAGUCUUGACAAUGACAACUUUGAGCACCAUUGCAAGAAAGUCAUUACCCCGUGUCUCCUAUGUCACCGCUAUGGAUCUGUUUGUCACUGUGUGYUUUCUAUUUGUCUUUGCUGCUCUGAUGGAGUAUGCAACCCUCAACUACUACUCGAGCUGCAGGAAACCAAACUGUGCUAAGAAGAAAAAGUCGCUACCUGAUGUCAGUUUUGGUCAUGUGAUGAAUUAUUCUGUCCUUGAUAUGAGACCACCAACUACAGUCAUCACAUUGAACAAUGCCAUGUAUUGGCAAGAAUUUGAAGAGGCAUGUGUCUACGAAUGCCUAGAUGGGAAAGACUGCCAGAGCUUUUUCUGUUGUUACGAAGAAUGUAAAUCGGGCUCCUGGAGGAGAGGACGAAUUCAUAUAGACAUCUUAGAACUCGACUCUUACUCUAGGGUCUUUUUUCCUACAUCCUUCCUGCUGUUUAACCUGGUCUACUGGGUUGGAUACCUCUAUCUUUAAAUUUUACCUGUAGUGGUGAAGACUACYGUGUUUUCACGCUGCUUAGGGAUGGUGAAAGUGCAGAAAGAG